ACGGAGUCCGCGGCCGGCUGGGCUUCGGUGAAUUCCUUUGUCUUGGUCGCUGGCCGCGGCGUGCGGCGUGCGCCGUGCGGAGGAGGUGCGCUGGCGGAGCUCUGUGUCUGUGCAUUUGCGGACAGAAAGUUGUGGAAGAAAUGGCAAUAAACGCCAGCGGUUACAGAGCCAGCGCAGCCCAGCAGCAAGAGUGGUGCCACCAAGCUCCUUCCCCAUGACUCCACUCAGCAUCUCAGCAUCCAGCUGCCAGAGCUUUGAAAUGUGUCUCACCAGCUUCACUCUACCUGUUCAGAGCACCAGCAACAGCUGAGUGGUGCUGCCUCCUCCACCACAGUUGGAGUCCCGGCCCCACGAGAACUUCCUCUGGGUUCAGAGACACCAGCAGGCCACUUUCUCAGAAAGAAAGUGAGUGGAGCAUGAAGGAGAAAACCAUGAAAAAGGAACUCACGGAAUCCAAGAAACAGGAGAUCCAGCCCAGGAAAGAGGCAAGAGAAGGUGCCGCCGCAGCAGCUGCCCAGCAGGCCUGGAGAGGAAUCAGUCCCAACCAAAGCAGAAGAACAGAGAACUGCAAGGUAAACUCUACACUCAUUGUCGGGCUUACAUUCAUGACCCAGAGAUCAAGAGUCGCAUGCUCUACUGAGUGAGCCAGCCAGGAGCCCAGGAGUUUCCUAAUCACAUAACCUCUCAGAACUGAACCAAAACAGCAUUAUUCCCGGAGCACCUCUUUUUAAGGUAGAACUUUAGACUUCAUAGCACUGAAUUAACCUGCACUGAAAGCUGUUUACCUGCAGUUGUUCACUUUUGUUGAAAGUGACCAUGUCUCAAGUUCAAGUGCAAGUUCAGAACCCAUCUGCUGCUCUCUCAGGGAGCCAAAUACUGAACAAGAACCAGUCUCUUCUCUCCCAGCCUUUGAUGAGUAUUCCUUCUACUACUAGCUCUCUGCCCUCUGAAAAUGCAGGUAGACCUAUUCAAAACUCUGCUUUACCCUCUGCAUCUCUUACACCCACCAGUGCAGCUGCAGUUCCUUCUAGCAUGGCACACCCCAAAGAGAAAACCCCAAUGUGUCUUGUGAAUGAGUUAGCCCGUUUCAACAAGAUUCAGCCUGAGUAUAAGCUUUUGCGUGAGCAAGGUCCAGCUCACUGUAAGGUGUUUACAGUACAGCUAACACUUGGAGAUCAGCACUGGGAAGCUGAAGGAACUAGUAUUAAAAAAGCCCAGCACACAGCUGCUGCCAAAGCUUUGGAAGGAACAAAAUUUCCUAAACCCAUAGUCCGCCCUUUUCGUAGCGAAGGAAGGAAUCCAGAAAGCAUAACCCCUACUGUAGAACUAAAUGCACUGUGCAUGAAACUUGGAAAAAAACCAAUGUAUAAGCCUGUCGACCCUUACUCUCGGAUGCAGUCCACCUAUAACUACAACAUGAGAGGAGGUGCUUAUCCCCCAAGGUACUUUUACCCAUUUCCAGUACCACCUUUACUUUAUCAAGUUGAGCUUUCUGUGGGAGGACAGCAGUUUAAUGGGAAAGGCAAGACGAGGCAGGCUGCGAAACACGACGCUGCUGCGAAAGCUUUGAGGACCCUGCAGAGUGAGCCCCCACCCGAGAGGCCGGAGGGGAGGCGGCCAGGCGAGCAGGUGAAUGGAAGAGAAUCAGAAGAAGAAAAUCUCAAUAAAUCGGAAAUCAGUCAAGUGUUUGAGAUUGCACUUAAACGGAACUUGCCUGUGAAUUUUGAGUCUUUCCCUCUGAAACAGGUUGCCCGGGAGAGCGGCCCCCCCCAUAUGAAGAGCUUUGUGACCAAGGUGUCAGUUGGGGAGUUUGUUGGGGAAGGUGAAGGGAAGAGCAAGAAGAUUUCAAAGAAAAACGCUGCUAUCGCUGUCCUCGAGGAGCUAAAGAAGCUACCACCCCUGCCUACGGUCGAGCGAGUGAAGCCCAGAAUCAAAAAGAAAACAAAAUCCAUAGUCAGGCUACAGAGCAGCACAGACUGCGGCCAGGGGAUGAACCCGAUCAGCAGACUGGCCCAGAUCCAGCAGGCGAAAAAGGAGAAGGAGCCAGAGUACAUGCUCCUCACAGAGCGAGGCCUCCCGCGCCGCAGAGAGUUUGUGAUGCAGGUGAAGGUGGGAAACCAUACCGCAGAAGGAACAGGCACCAACAAGAAGGUGGCCAAACGCAACGCAGCUGAGAACAUGUUGGAGAUCCUUGGUUUCAAAGUCCCACAGGCUCAGCCCACCAAACCAGCCCUCAAAUCAGAGGAGAAGACACCAAUAAAAAAACCAGGGGAUGGAAGAAAAGUAACCUUUUUUGAACCUGGCUCUGGGGAUGAAAAUGGGACUAGCAAUAAAGAGGAUGAGUUUAGGAUGCCUUAUCUUAGUCAUCAGCAGCUGCCCGCGGGGAUUCUUCCCAUGGUGCCCGAGGUUGCCCAGGCCGUAGGAGUCAGUCAAGGACACCACACCAAAGAUUUCACCAGGGCAGCUCCGAAUCCGGCCAAGGCCACGGUAACUGCCAUGAUAGCCCGUGAGUUGUUGUAUGGGGGCACCUCGCCCACAGCCGAGACCAUUUUAAAGAAUAACAUCUCUUCAGGCCACGUACCCCAUGGACCUCUUACAAGACCCUCUGAGCAGCUGGACUAUCUUUCCAGAGUCCAGGGAUUCCAGGUUGAAUACAAAGACUUCCCCAAAAACAACAAGAACGAGUUUGUAUCUCUUAUCAAUUGCUCCUCUCAGCCACCUCUGAUCAGCCAUGGUAUUGGAAAGGAUGUGGAGUCCUGCCAUGACAUGGCUGCACUGAACAUCUUAAAGCUGCUCUCUGAGUUGGACCAACCGAGUACAGAGAUGCCAAGAACAGGAAAUGGACCAAUGUCUGUGUGUGGGAGGUGCUGAACCUUUUCUGGCCACGAACCGUUGUGAAACCCCGACGCGUAUACUGAAAAUACUGAAACUGCUUUGAGAAUUUGGAAGUCCUGAUACCUCCAGUGGGCCGAGCGACGUGCUGGGUAAAGAACCAGAGGCGGCAGUGGUGACGAAGAUGGGAACACAAGGAGGCGGCCGUGGCUGCGCUCGCGGGUGCUGUUCUGUCCCCACAUACAGGCAGCUGCUGUGGCCCCGGACCCCUCGGUGCUUGUGUUGGGGCUGUGUGAAGGAAACCGGGAACAGAGCACGACCCUUUCUCAGUGGCUCACUCAAGCCCUUGGGACACACCCUGGACACCCACGCCGGGGAGCGGGGCCGUACACCAGCCCCAGGGCCGAAAGCACCAGAGAAAAUCACAUGCUUCCUCCUCAGCGCCAGCUAACCAUUCUCGCGUGCUCCGGCCCCCGCCUCCGUGGCGCCCACUCUCUCCUCACCACUGCUUUCUCUCCCGAAAGAGAUUACAUAUUCUUAGUUUUAUUAUUUUCUUUUGACUGAAAUGACACUAUAUACAUUUUCAUCUGAGAGUUUCUCAAUUGUAUCUAGUUACAUAGCACAGUUUAGAAACUUGUCUGAGACUGACUUCAGUAAUCUAAUCAGCAAAGAUCAUAUCCAUGUGUAUGUGGUUAUACGUCUUGACUUUACUGGACUAACCCAGGACCAUUUCGGUGACGCAAACUGUGUGGCCUCCGGUUUAGCUGAAACGGUCCUGGGCUUCUCAGAGUCCUUGAUGAAGUCUCCCACGGUUGUAUAAACUGGACAGUUUAGGAAUUUUAAACUUCAAUGAUCAUUUGGUUCUUUUUCUAUUUUACUUUUGUUAAUGCAACAGGACUUAAACAAAUGAACUUGGAUCUUUGUUUUAAAGAUUAUUAAAAAAAAAUUGUGUGUACAUACACCUGGCUCUUGAAGACACGUAGCUUUCACUACACUACAGGAUAUGGUCUCCACGUAGUACACACAGACCCGCAGGGGGAUUUCCUUGAGUGCUUUGUACUGUUGAUUACAUCUCCAUGUAGGGCUGAAAAGAAUGACCCGUGUUUAUCUCUGAAACCGUGUUGCUUUUGAUGUUGUGUUACUGGGCACAGAAGCGUGUGCAGUUUAAGGUCCUGCAUAUGGUCCCGAUGAAAAGCACCGUAGCCUUGCGAGUUAAGUACCGCUUCGAUCCAUUGUUUACGCUGGAAUUUUUUCUCCCCAUGGAAUGUAAGUAAAACUUAGUGUUUGUCACCAAUAAAUGGUAAUACUAAAUUUUUUUUUGUUAAUUUAUUCUCAAAUGCCACUACUGCUAGGUUGGUCCCCUCCCAACCGGCCUCCUACCCUUUUUUUUAAGAAAGAAAAAAAAAAACUCUUUGUAAUGCUUGUGACUUCUGUUCGGGCAAAAUUCUGAAGAUCUGAAAUAACUUUAUAUCAAACCAUUGAUCAAUAAACAGAUACUAAUGAA